AUUUGUUUAUAACCGAUUUGUGAAUUACUUGCUUUAUAAAAGCCGUAAUAUUUAACCUGCUAUUUUUAUUUAUAUUUCUAAUAACAUUUAAUAAUUCUUUUAAUAUUGAUCAAUGUAAACAAUUUUUCGUGUUAGAUAAGUUAAAUAACCAAAUAAAAAUGAAAACCAUUAUUCAAAGAGUUACUUCUGCUAAAGUAACAGUUGACGAAGAGCUUCUGAGCAGUAUUGGAAAAGGAAUCUGUGUUCUUGUUGGAUUUUGUAAAACUGACACUGAAAAAGACGUUGACUAUAUGACAAGAAAGGUACUUUCCCUUCGAUUAUUUCAUGACGACGAGGGAAAACGUUGGAAAAAAAGCGUUAAGGAUAACAACUUUGAGAUCCUUUGCGUGAGUCAAUUUACAUUAUACGGUCGACUGAACAAAAACAAACCCGAUUUUAGAAUGUCAAUGGAAGGUGAACGGGCAAAUGAACUAUAUAAAAGUUUCUUAACAAAGCUUGCAACGCUAUAUGAACCAAGUAAAAUUAAAGACGGAGCAUUUGGAGCGUACAUGCAAGUUCAUAUAAAUAACGACGGUCCAGUUACUAUUGAAAUAGAAUCCCCUACGUUAAAUGAAGAAACAUAAUAACUUAAAAGCUCUUCAAACAAAAAACAGAAUUAAAUAAUUGUGAAAUUAAUUUAUUAUUCAAAAAAUUACUUUUUACUUAUUUUUCACUUUAACAAAUUAAAUGGUUGUAUAUAAUUUUAGAA